AUGCAUUCGACGACCGCCUUUGUCCUCUCAGCGCUUGCCUCGUCGGUGCUCGCGGCUGAGACCGUGCACAACGUCCAAGUCGGUCCCAGCUUGACCUUCACCCCCGACACCGUCCAGGCCGCCGAGGGCGACUGGGUCGAGUUCACCUUUGGAGAAGGCCACUCGGUUGCGCAGAGCACCUUCGCCGCCCCCUGCGUGCCCUUGUCCGACGGCACGAGCGUCUACUCUGGCUUCCCUAGCGACGGAGAUGUUUGGCGCAUCCAGAUCAACAGCACCGAUCCUCUGUGGCUGUACUGUUCCGCGAGUGGUCACUGUGAGAGUGGCAUGGCUAUGGUCGUGAACCCACCAAGCAGCGGUAACACUCUCGACGCGUACAAGUCCGCAGCUCAAAACGCACAGGGCUCGUCCCCCGCGAAUGUCCAGGGCGGUGUCUUUGGUGCUGCUUCUGCCUCUGCUAGCGGCUCGUCGUCGCCUUCUGCAUCUGCAUCUGCCAGUGGAUCGUCGUCCUCGGCCUCAUCCUCUGCAUCCGCCAGUGGAUCGUCGUCCUCGGCCUCAUCCUCUGGUUCUACCUCUGCAUCUGCCACUAGCGCGAGUGCAAGCGCUGCUGCCUCUCCCAGCAACGGAGCCGAGCCCGUGUCUGUUAAGAAUGGACUCUUGUUUGCCGGUGCCGUUGCCGCUGGUGUUGCUGCUGUUCUAUAG